AUGGCUAGAGCAACCAACGGCCGCAGGAGUCGGCACUCCAAGGCCACCAACGGAACCUCGGCCUGCAAAUGCGCCAAGUCCCGCAAGGUUGCUGGAAAGCGUAGCAAAAAGGUGGUUGAUGAGGAUUCAUCUUCAGAGUCCGAAGAGGAGGAGGAGGAAGAUUCCGCCUCUGACUGUACCACAGAAGAUGAGACCGAGGACGAAGAGGCCGACGACAAGUCUUCUGAUGAGGACACGGAGGAAGAGGCAGACCGCAACAAGAGCAAGUCUAAAAAGUCCAAAAAGCCCAAGAAGCCCAAGAAGAAGCUCGCGCCUCGCGGCUCCCUAGCCACCCCCAAGAACAUCUACCGCUCACUCAAGGACAGCGACGGCAACUGGACGUGGGUGGACAAGUAUCCCAAGGCAAAGCCGGCAGAGAACGACGAGACGGCCCAGUACGCCGUGCUGGUGCGAAACGUCAAGUCCAACGAUGCCCGCAAGAAGCUCGAGGCGCACUCCAUCGUGAUUCAGUCUCCGCACCUCAAAAAGGCCCUGGGCGAGAUCCUGACCGACUACCCGGGCGUGGCCAUCGAGCUGGACCGACUAGAGUUUGAGGCGCCCUUUGUCCCCUUUGUCCACCGCUGGGAAAAGUUCAAGACCUACGUGGCCAAGGCCGCCAAAGACGCCGACGCCGACGACAAAGACAAGGACAAGAAGGACAUGAGCCAGCACCUGACAGUCCUGGACGGGAUCCUCCGGUACGAGAUCGGCGACAAGAUCGCCGCCUUUGAGGACUACAUCCGCCACGGCGUCAUCAAAUUCUCAGACCUCUGGAUGAUCUUCCAACCCGGCGACGUCGCCGUCACCAGCGCGCAGACGCUGGCCAUGGAGCUGGUUGAGACCGAGUACAUGGAGAACCAGUGCGGCAAGUUCCUGCGCGUGCGCGGCGAGUGCGUCGAUUUUUCCGGGACCGAGUUUGGCCGCUCCGACGUGGCGACCGACAUCCCCGAGUUCCUGGGCACCAAGCCCAUCACGGGCCUCAACAUCAACCCCUUGUCGUUCCACGCCGAUCGGGACGCGCUGCGCACCGCCCUCAUCAGCCGCGGUGCCCGCUUCGAGGAGCUCGCGGGCCACAAGUACCGGCAGUACAACGGCGCCGCCAUCGGGUGGGACCAUCAGGGCAAGGAGGUGCCGGUGGAGGUCACGGGGCGCGUGGUCGUCGACAUUGAGAGCUUCAACCGCUUCUCGCCCUGGACGGCACCGCGCCGCUACGUCGACGACUGGAACUCGCGGGAUCUGGAGCGCCUCGAGGCGCACAAGCUCGAACACGGCCUGAACGAGGACGGGUCCAUCAAGCUGACGCCCUUCCACCAGAUGAUCUGCCACCGCCGCACGCGGGGUUACAGCCUCAAGGCCAAAAAGUGGCUAGACUUUUACGUCGACCGCAUCUCCGAGAUACGCUGGGACGACGACGCGUUCGACAAGCUGGUCCUGGAUCAGGACCACAAGGAGCUCAUCAUGGCCUUUACCGAGUCCCAGCUGGACGCCGAGUCCAAGGGCUCCUUUGACGACGUCAUCGCCGGCAAGGGCCAGGGAGUCAUCUGCCUGCUCUCGGGCCCGCCUGGUGUGGGCAAGACGCUGACGGCCGAGGCGGUAGCCGAACACCUCCGCGUGCCGCUGCACACGCUCAGCUCGGGCGACCUGGGCAGCCGGCCGCACGAGGUCGAGGCCGGCCUGUCGCGGAUAUUGGAGCUCGUGGCGCGGUGGAACGCCGUGCUGCUGCUGGACGAGUGCGACGUGUUCCUCGAGGCCCGGUCGACGCACGACCUUGAACGCAACAAGGUCGUCUCCAUCUUCCUGCGGACCCUCGAGUAUUUCCAGGGCAUCAUGUUCAUGACCACCAACCGCUGCGACAACAUCGACCGCGCCUUCCAGUCGCGCAUCCACGUGAGCCUCGAAUACCCAGACUUGACGCCGGCGUCGCGAGCCGCCGUCUGGCGAAACUUUUUGGGCGGUAGGAUGUCGGUGCCAGAGCGAGACAUUGACGACCUCGCCGAGAUCGAGCUCAAUGGUCGCCAGAUCAAGAACGUGCUCAAGACUGCGCAGCUACUGGCCAACCGCAAAGGUAGCGCCUUGAAGAGCGAGUUUAUACACACGGUUCUUGCAAUCGAGAAGAAGAGACCUGGCCAAAACAAGCCCAUCAGUUAG